AUGAGCGUACAACGAAACCCCAAGGACUCCAUCGCGUCCACCUGGAGGGGAAAAGACCGGUCGCAAUGGAACAUUUUCCACUGGGCAUACGAAAUACUUCGUCUCCAUCACGUCGACCUCGACAAGCAGAUCCCGGUGCAUCCAAAGACCGACAAGGUGCCGUACUUGAACGACUGGUACCAGCAUCGGUGGAUUCUCGCGCACGCCUUUGCGCCCCUCCUGCUGCACCACUGCUACUACCUCUACACCGGCCACAACUUGACCAUGUGGCAGGCUGUCGUGUUUUACAGCCUUGCCUUCAAGCUCAAUGCGAUCCGCGAACUGCACAUUCUGCGCCAGCUUGGCGAGCAAAUUGGCUUUCUCGACGGCGACGUUCACGAGCGCGACGGUGUACCCGACAACAGCGUCUUCCAGGUCUUUUGGUCGCUUGUGUCGACGUCUACUUUCCGGCCAGUCUUUACGGUCUUUCUGGCCUAUCAGACCAGCAAAGCCCCCGCUACCAUGCAACUCUACCUGCUACCCCUUGAGACGGGACUCUACGCAAUCAUCCUUGACUUUUGGUUCUACUGGUAUCAUCGGCUGAUGCACACUGUGGAGGGGCUUUGGCAGUACCAUCGCACUCACCACCUGACCAAGCACCCAAACCCGCUCCUCACCCUAUACGCCGACACCGAGCAAGAGAUCUUUGACAUUGCCGGCAUUCCGUUGCUAGCCUACUUCACCAUGAAGUUGAUAGGCUUUCCCAUGGGCUUUUACGAGUGGUGGGUGUGCCAUCAGUACAUUGUCUUCGCCGAGUUGGCCGGUCACAGUGGUCUGCGUAUGGCCGCCACGCCGCCAAAUCCGUUCAAUUGGCUGCUGCGCAUCUACUCGGCGGAACUCAUCAUCGAAGACCAUGAUCUGCAUCACCGAAAGGGGUGGAAGACCAGUGCCAACUAUGGCAAGCAGACGAGGUUGUGGGACCGCAUUUUUGGAACCUGUCGCGAUCGGAUCGAGUGUCACGACGAGAACAUUGAAUGGACUACACAGAUUACGAUGCCGAUCUUUUAA